GAUGAGAGCUCAGACGUGAUAAGGCCGUGGCUCCCCAUCCCGGCAGGAGCUGGUGUGAUAGCUUCCUGCCUUCUAUUCCAUCGCCAGAGCCAUAGGACUUCCCACCUAGAAUCUUUAGGUAAAUGAGAUCAUGAUUCUGGAAGGAAGUGGUGUAAUGAAUCUCGACCCAGCCAACAACCUCCUUCACCAGCAGCCGGCCUGGGCGGACGGCUACCCCACGUGCCACGUUUCCAGCGGUUUUUUUGGAGGCCAGUGGCAUGAAAUCCACCCACAGUACUGGACCAAAUACCAGGUAUGGGAAUGGCUGCAGCACCUCCUGGACACUAACCAGCUGGACGCUAGCUGCAUCCCUUUCCAGGAGUUCGACAUCAGCGGAGAGCACCUGUGUAGCAUGAGCCUGCAGGAGUUCACGAGGGCAGCAGGCUCAGCUGGGCAGCUGCUCUACAACAACCUGCAGCAUCUGAAGUGGAACGGCCAAUGCAGCAGUGACCUUUUCCAGUCCGCACACAAUGUCAUUGUCAAGACUGAACAAACUGAUCCUUCCAUCAUGAACUCAUGGAAAGAAGAAAACUAUCUCUAUGACCCCAGCUAUGGUAGCACAGUAGAUCUGUUGGACAGUAAGACUUUCUGCCGGGCUCAGAUCUCCAUGACAACCUCCAGUCACCUUCCUGUUGCAGAGUCACCUGAUAUGAAAAAGGAGCAAGACCACCCUGUAAAGUCCCACACCAAAAAGCACAAUCCACGAGGCACUCAUUUAUGGGAGUUCAUCCGAGACAUUCUCCUGAGCCCAGACAAGAACCCGGGGCUGAUCAAAUGGGAAGACCGUUCCGAAGGCAUCUUCAGGUUCCUGAAGUCAGAAGCUGUGGCUCAGCUGUGGGGAAAAAAGAAAAACAAUAGUAGUAUGACAUACGAGAAGCUCAGCCGGGCUAUGAGAUAUUACUACAAACGAGAAAUCCUGGAACGUGUGGAUGGACGACGGCUGGUCUAUAAGUUUGGGAAGAAUGCUCGUGGAUGGAGAGAAAAUGAGAACUGAGGCUACCAACCCUUGGGACACAAACCAAAACACACAGCAAAUGGAUUAUGAUCAAUGAAGAACCGGACGUAAAUAUUUCAAAGACUACUUUUCUGUGAUAUUUAUGUACCAUGAAGGGACAAAGAAAAUCUACUUCUGACAGGAAGAAGGAACACUACAGUUGAUAAAAAAAAAAUUUAUUUUGUUACUUUGAAGAAGUAUGUCCUAUGUGGGGAACAAACGUACACAGUUUUCUGUGAACUAUGAAGCUGUAUGUGGUUGGAUUUGCUGUUGCCUCUUGGUGAUGUUCUUUUCUACCCCCAAGAACAGCAGGGCCUGCAGCCUUGUGCUUCUUGCUAAGAGGAAGGGAUAGGAAAUGAGGGCAUUAAAUGUUUUCAAAUGUAAAAUGAUUUAGAAAAGAAAGGCAAUGUAUUCUCUGUAUCUAAGCAUCUGUAUGACCUCCUCAAGAGAAAUGGGAUUGGGUAGGUAGGACAAAGUCCAGGGUCUCAGAUUGGUGGGACCAAUCCAAAAGAUGCUGGGAAGUUUGACUUGAAUUGGGAGAAAGUGAGUAGAGAGUGGGGACUUUGACAAUCCAGAGUGGCCUAUAGUCAUGGCACCGUCACAGGACUGGGAAUGUUUAAGUACAUGAGAAUGAUGGCAGGAGAAGAGUUUACCCUCAUUCACGACGAUUUUCAUGUAACCCCUUGACCCUUGAAUGUUUGAGUAAAAGUCAGUUACCACAUGCAGCCACUUCUACCUAUUUAGAGUUCAGUCCAAAUAUUGAAAACCAAGUGGGACAGGAAAAUGGUGGCCAGGAAAUGACUGAUGAGUCUGUCUUGUAUCUCUGUAGUUCAAGGUUUCUCCAUGGGUCCAGUUGACACUUGGGGCUGGGUCAUGCUUUGUGGUUGUACUGAGCAUUGUAAAAUGUGUAGCGAUAUUCAUGACCUCCGUCAGCAUUUUGUAACUGUGACAAUCUGAAGUGUUUCUAGAUAUUGUCAAAUGUCUCUAGGAGGACAAUAGUACCGUUGAAUGAGAACCACCAAUAUAAAAGCAGUCAUUCAUUCUGAACUGAGCAAUCUGUAGAGAUUUCCAGUCUCUACAGAGUAAAGCAAAAGCAAGACCUUGAAGCCAAUAUAUUUUUAUUUUUUUUAAAACAGUAGGGACAGCAGGAUGAGAUAGAUGGAGGAGAUUCUUUUCAGAGCUUCACAUGAUAAUCAAAGUCAAAUAAAUGCAGUAAUGUAUGAGAAGUGCAAGAGAAGAUGUUUGGAAAUGCAAAGGGAAGAAUCUACAGAUAUCUCUCUAUGGUAUGCCUCUCUCUCUCUCUCUCUCUCUCUCUCUCUCUCUCUCUCUCUCUCUGUGUAUGUGUGUGUGAAGUUUCUAGGGCAUCUGUCAGUUUUCUCUUUGCUUUUACUUCCCUGGCUUUCCCUAGUGUUGGUCUAGGAUGGCUGGACCUUUUUCUGGGUUCAUUUUCUCUUAUUCCUGUAACUGGGUUUGACUCUUCCUACAGCUACUUCAUCAUAGAGCUACUCUUGUCAGAGAGUAGGUGAAUCUGGAGAGGGCCAGUGGGAACAGUUCUACAGAUAAAUAGAUUAUGAUUUUUGCUGAGAGUGGCAGUUUUUUGGCACCCAGUUCCCAUUUAAGUAGGCUGGAGUAUUAAGUUCUCUGCAUAUCUAUUGUCUUGGCUUGAAUUUGUGGUGUUUUCUAUGUGCUAUUCAUGAUUUUGAGAACUCUAGGUAAUCAGCUAUGCCAGUUUGGGGGUGUAGUGGUGUGUUUCCCACCACAGUUUGGGAAAAAACCCAUGAAAGUCCUGCAGAAAAGCACCUCUUUCUUUAAAAGAUAGUUACCUAGUUAAAAAGUUCAUCUGUGAUUAAUUUGCCACAGUCUCCUUGAAUAUUCCUACGUGUUGUAUUAGUGUUUUCUAAGGGAACUGAAGUCAAGUAAUGAACCAUUAAUUCUUCACAAGACUCGGAUCAUUUGAGGCCUCUAUAGGACUUGAUGACAUUAAGCAAAGCCCUGGCUCCCAGGGAUAGGUCCACAGGUUCUUCAGGAUGCUGAGCAGGGCAGACCAUGCCCAUGAGCUUCAUCCUCUGAGCCUUCCUUCAAGUUCCCAGCUGAUUAGACUGUAAGCUCUCCAAGGGCAGGGACCAUGUCUGUUCACCUUUGUUAUCCUCAUACCUGGGAUGCAACAGGAUAACUAGUCACUGAAUGGAUGAUGACUAUCUAUCUUCUGGGAGACUCCUCUGACUGGGAAGCCAUCAAUCAUAUUCAUAACUGGGUUGUGAAUCACUUCUCCAGAACAGAGUAUAAUAACCAAACCUUCCAGGACAUCCUCUCAGGCGAACAUUUUACUGUGACGCUCUUCUUUGCCUCCUACCUGUGCUGAAAAGAAAUUCAAACAGCCUGCUUGGUUUCACACGUCAGUGUCUGCUGGAUGAGAAUUCUGUUGCUUUCAAGAACUGUGAGACUUAACCUAGUUACAAGAUGCCAGUAAUGAACCCUUGACCUAUUUAAUCAAUGAAGAUUAUAAAUGUGUUUAUAUGUUGUCAAUUGCUAUUUAAGCAGAAACCCAUUUUCAGUUUUAGUAUUUAGGGGUUGGUUUUCAUUUUUUGUUAUUUUUUUCCUUUUUGAAAUAUGCUAAGGGCAUUUUGAUAAGGUUAGUCACGCAUGUUAGAUUUUCAUUUUGCAAGUAUUUCUUUUUUAAUGUAUAAAAAUAUAAGAAAAGGGAAAACAGUGAGAAGGGGAAGCAAUUACAUUCUCUUUUGGUAGUUUAUUAAGGCCCCUAUGCAUGCCUUGUGCAUAGUAGAACACCAGAUAUGUGACGAGUGUAUGUGAGAAUAUAGACUGUAAAAGUCACAUGAUCUGGACCUGCAGAGGAACACUGACUAAGAGAAGGAGACACCAGAAUGACAAACUUAGUGCCACAGGUGAGUUUAUCCUCAGCUGGGGGCUCAUAUUCAGUUUCUGGAAUAAGGGAGACCACUAAGAAAACCAAACUUCUUGGAACUGUAUCUCACAAACUUCUGAAACAUGUAGACUUCAAAGUUUAGCUGAAUUGAGAUUAAUCAUUUUAUAGCUAUCUGUAGAAAUCUCAUUCUUCUUGUCAUCUGGCUUCUGGGUUGAUAAUUGGUGGGCAACAACCCUUCUGCCACUUUUUUUAAAAAUCAUAACUCUUUCCCCUUAAGCUGUUAAAUUCCAACAAUUUCUGUUUAAUUAAAGACUUCUAUUUUGUUUGUUUGAUGGGUCCCAGAAAACACUAAUAAAAACCA